UGCGCGGCAUCCCCAGGCAAUACGGGCGGUGCGGCGGCAGCACUCGGGGGCUUACGGCGGCGCGGCGCCCACGAGGCCCCAGCAGCAGAAGGGAAACCUGAGCGUCGGCUCCCGCCCAGUCGUCAGCUGAUGGGCGGCCUGCCGAGUAAGCAGCCGCCUUCGCCGUGCGAACAUGGCGGCCGAGAUCCACUCCAGGCCGCAGAGCAGCCGCCCGGUGCUGCUGAGCAAGAUCGAGGGGCACCAGGACGCCGUCACGGCCGCGCUGCUCAUCCCCAAGGAGGACGGCGUGAUCACGGCCAGCGAGGACAGAACCAUCCGGGUAUGGCUGAAGAGAGACAGUGGUCAGUACUGGCCCAGCAUUUACCACACAAUGGCCUCUCCUUGCUCUGCUAUGGCUUACCAUCAUGACAGCAGACGGAUAUUUGUGGGCCAGGAUAAUGGAGCCGUAAUGGAAUUUCACGUUUCUGAAGAUUUUAAUAAAAUGAACUUUAUCAAGACCUACCCAGCUCAUCAGAACCGGGUAUCUGCGAUCAUCUUCAGCUUGGCCACAGAGUGGGUCAUCAGUACUGGCUAUGACAAGUGUGUGAGCUGGAUGUGCACGCGAAGCGGGAACAUGCUCGGGAGGCACUUCUUCACGUCCUGGGCUUCGUGUCUGCAAUAUGACUUUGACACUCAGUAUGCUUUCGUUGGUGAUUGUUCUGGGCAGAUCACCCUGCUGAAGCUUGAACAGAACACAUGUUCAGUCAUCACAACCCUCAAAGGACAUGAAGGUAGUAUCGCCUGCCUCUGGUGGGACCCUAUUCAGCGGUUACUCUUCUCAGGAGCAUCUGACAACAGCAUCAUCAUGUGGGACAUCGGAGGAAGAAAAGGCCGGACGCUCUUACUUCAGGGCCAUCAUGACAAGGUACAGUCGCUGUGCUACCUUCAGCUCACCAGGCAGCUCGUCUCCUGUUCCUCGGAUGGCGGAAUUGCAGUGUGGAACAUGGAUGUUAGCAGAGAAGAGGCUCCUCAGUGGUUGGAAAGUGAUUCUUGUCAGAAAUGUGAGCAGCCCUUUUUCUGGAACAUAAAGCAGAUGUGGGACACCAAAACGCUGGGGCUGAGACAACAUCACUGCAGGAAAUGCGGGCAGGCUGUCUGCGGGAAGUGCAGCAGCAAGCGCUCAACUUACCCAGUCAUGGGCUUCGAGUUCCAAGUCCGGGUUUGUGAUUCUUGUUACGACUCCAUCAAAGACGAAGAUCGGACUUCUCUAGCGACCUUUCAUGAAGGAAAACAUAACAUUUCCCACAUGUCCAUGGACGUUUCCAGGGGACUGAUGGUGACCUGUGGGACCGACCGCAUUGUAAAGAUCUGGGACAUGACGCCUGUAGUGGGCUGCAGUCUGGCAACUGGGUUUUCUCCACACUGAUCUGAGAGCUGGGCGACAUCCACAGCUAAGAACAGCAGCUCCACCAAAUGAAGUCCUUCCCGCGCAGCUCCACAGUGCUGUCUCGUGAAUGGACAGUAGCCACUUACAAACAAAUCAACAUUUUUAGAAAGGAAAUGUAAAAGUGUGUUUUGGGGCAUUUGCGGAACUUACCUGUGGGGACUAAUAUGUGAAAGGUCUCUCUGUAGUGGUUCCCUGAAGACUGGAAUUACUUCAGUGAAACUUCCCCAUGAACAGUGAGCUAAUGUGUAGUGAAAAAAUGAGCUAGCAAAUGAGUUUUAGCAGGGACAAAAAGUGAAAAAAGUGAACACUUAGAACUUUCUCAAAGCAGUCACAAGUACAGACACUUCACUUAGCCUAGGGGGCCUUCCAGGGUUCUUGUGGCUGUUGUCAGAGCAGGAGCUGGGGGAAGGAAGACUUGUUCUCUCUUUCUUGAGGGGUGGCAUUAGGAACUUACGAAACCAGAGACCUUUCCCUAUGAGCUGGCAGUAUGUGAAAUCGUCUACACUUAGUUAUUGAUAAACUUCUUAAAGAGAUCUGUUAUUUUCAGGUAGUGCCAUAAUCUGCGCUUAGCAUUGGCUUUCUUCAAUAGUUUCUCUUCCCAGCCAGUAUGCCACAGGUGAACUUUUGAGGUUGUCCUUAAGUAAGUUGUGAAAUUUCUCUAAUAUCCAAGGCAGUCCGCAUGCUUCCCUUUCCCCCAAAUUCUGAGGACAAAACUUUUUUAUGGUGCUGUUAACAUGGGAGUCACACAGACGCCUGACUUUUUCUCAUUGCCGUUAGUAAUAAGUGAUGGAAAACCCAGCCACCAUUGUGAUGCGAAAUGAUCUGUCUGUUGCCUGGAACAGCCCAGUCCUCUUAACUGAAACAGCAUUCUACUUGUUGUUCCAAGAUGAGCCUCUGCAAUAUUCUGGCAAUUUAAUAUACCCCCACAAAAGCACUCUACAGCUUUUACACUAUUUUGACUUUGAGUUAUAACUAGUAUUAUUCAUGUUUUCAUAAAAAGAAGUUAGUGACCCAGAGCUGUCACAAUAAUUCCCAACUCGCAAAUUGCUUUCCUAACAACUAGCAAAAGCUGUUGUUCAUAAAGGCAUUUCUAAAGGUUUUGGGCGCUGUGUACCAGGAUGAGGAAGAGAAGAAAUGAGGAGCCUGUGUUUUAAUAUUCCAGUAUUUGUGUGUGUGAUUUUUUUGGACAACAGUACAUCGUAUAUCUAUUUCUCUAGGGAUAUGGAAGUACGUGGAGAAGGGCCUACCUUUUUAAAGGACAAAUAUAAAAAUAGAUAGCAACAGUAUCUUUGCUAAUCUUACUAAUGGAUAUUGAUUUAAAAAAAAAAAAAAAAAACACCUCAGUACUGCAUCACUGUGUUGGGAUCAUACCAAGACAAUAGGGUCAUUCCAUAUGAUAAAACUAAAGGACUACAUCUGUUUUCUAAUGACAUCUUAGAGGGACUGAGAAGUUUAAGGUGGCAAUUAAACUAAGAUGUCUUAAUGGCUGUGUGACACUGGUAAGGAAAGGAAAGGGGCUCGGGCGCAUCAGGUACUGGAAUGACAUGCAUUCAACGUUGACUUAUCUUCAGAAAUAAGACUGAAGAGUUUUGUUGUUCCUUAGAGUUUACGUGUUACAUCACCUAAAGAGAUUUCUUUUAAAAACUUUCUAGACUCUUUGCAAAAUGUGUAUUACUAACAUAGUUUGGAAGAAAAACUGAGUAGUGGUAAGUUUUGUUCAAACACAGUGUUGAAUGUUAAGCUUCCUGUAUUAAUUUUAGUUCAGUUAAUGGUUCAGCCCAUACAAAGGUGCUAUCCUAGGGAUUUUAUGAAGUCCUGAAAGGAAAAUAGAAUAUGAUCAAUUCCUUGCCCUGUGGAAGAGUGCAGAACUGUGGUUUUGUUUUCCUUUGACUUCUGUAAAAUGUGACCGGUUGACAUCUGUGGUAGUUUGAACAGAAUAUCUCACAGCUGCUGAGUUUACUCCAUAGCUUUCAAACCUUUUUUAUUUUAAGAAAUUCUUGAAAAACCCUAUGUUCCAUGGGAACAUAAAGUUAUUAUAGUGCCUCCGAAGGGGUUAAUAUAAAUCAAGGAGGAAAUUUAUAUUUAAGGACGAAUUGGAAUGACGUAUCUUAGAAAAGGAAAGGCAGAUGUUUCUGUACAGCUUGUCCUCCACCAGGCCUAUCAUCAUUUUUCUUUUUAGAGACAAACAUGACAGGCUUGUCUUGUCUCUCUCACAUGCUAGGUAGCAAAUGGGGUGAUAUUUUUAUAGAAGUGGGCAAAAAUUAUUUUCUCAAUUUUACUGAGUAGGCACAGAAGGAAAGUACAGAUAGUCUGAUCGUUAUUGCCUUAUUUUGACAGCAUUUCUCUUAAAUGGGUCAUUUAAAUUAGUUCUUCAAGUAACAGUUUACUGGUUCCAUUCCUGAAUAUGCAGGCUAAUUUGUACAGAUAGGGAUUAAGGAAUACAGACUAUUAGAGAAGAUCCUUAUAUUUAGAUCUAGUACAUAUGUGAUAAGGAAAUGCCGAUUCUUCAUUAUAAACAAGGUUUAAAACUACUCUUUCUUAGUCCAAAUGAUAGCAAUACCCCUAUAGCAUUAGGUAGAAACAAAUUAUUCAUUACAUUGUAAAUCUCUUUACCAUGUCCUAGCUCUGUCCUGCUAUCUAAAGGAUAUAAAGAAAUAAUAUUGCUCUAGAAUGUAUCACUUUGUUCUCCCAUGAAAGAAUUCAGUUUGUUAGUACCUAUAUUUUUAAACUGGUGAAACUGACCCAGAUAUGUAAUAAAUACCAUAGUAGCUCAGACCCGAGGAGAUAUUUUUCUAAAAUCAGUUUUCAUUAAAGUACUUUCUACUUCCGUUACUGGAUAUGGUAUCUCCUAAAAUGUAAAAAAACAAGCAAACAAAAAACAAACAAACAAACAAAAAAACCUGUUACUCUAAUGAUAAACCAUCUGCUCCUCAUAAGUGUGAGGCUUAACAAAUAAGUAAUACAUGCUAUAUUUAUUCAAGUGUCUAUUGCUUAAUUGUUAAUUGUGAGCAGAUUUAUUGAAUGCCUAUUCUAUUUUCUGCAGUUUACAAUACAAUAACUCUUGGAGUAAGCUGAAGUUUAAUUGUGCAACACAUUUGUAUUAGAGUACAAUUUAAAGUGUUUUUCUCUAUAGCCUUUUUUGACGGGGGAAGCAAAGGGUAAUGUUAAUUAGUACACUUUGUUCUUGUACUAGCUAUGUUUCUAUAAAAUAUGGUGCCCUGUGUAUCCCAGAGAUGCUAGAAAACUUUGUUCUUUGCUCCUGUUUGUGGGUUCUUUUUUUGUUUUUGUUUUUGUUUUUCAGAAAAUGCACACAAUAAAACAUUCCUCGCUUGUU